AUGAGGUGGUCUACUAUUGUUCUCGGCUUCAUCGCUGUUGCCGUGGCCCAGGGCUCGUCUACCGAAUCCUCAUCCACGCAGUCGGGAAAGACGACCACCGAUGGAGCCACGGUUGUGUCAAUCACAACUCCCGUGGCCAUUCCCUCGGGUACCUACCAAGACUACAGUACAACAAUCACACUAAGUGAUGGGGAUAAGUCGACCAUCACAUCGACCACCCAACACAAUGGUACAAUGACUACCUCCAACCAUACGGCUGUCACCACGACUUCCGACUCCUUGACUUUGUUGGUGGGCGGCGGAGGAACAACCGUGAUCGGGAAUAAUAGCAUGAAUGCGACUGCGACGACGACUAGCACAGCUACAAAUACCCCUGUCGUCAACACCCGCCCUUGCAACAACUAUCCCGAAUUCUGUGCUAGGAAGUACUCCAACAUUACCAUGGUCGCAGCCCACAACAGCCCGUUCGUGCGCAAGAACAACGUCGCCGCCAACCAGGUGCUGGAUGUGACAACACAGUUGAACGACGGAAUUCGCACACUGCAAUUCCAAACUCACUACGAGAAUGACACAAUGUACCUGUGCCACACAUCCUGCCAAUUACUCGGUGUCGGCACCCUCGAAGCAUACCUCACCGACGUCAACACAUGGAUGCGGAAGAACCCAUACGACGUGGUGACCUUCGUCAUCGGCAACUACGACUAUGUGUCGCCCGGUAACUUCACCGCCCCGAUCUUCAACUCCGGAUUGAAGGACCUGAUCUACACACCCUCCAAGAUCCCGAUGGCCCUGAACGACUGGCCCACUCUCUCGGAGAUGAUUCUCAAGCAGAAGCGCGCAGUCUUCUUCAUGGAUUACCAGGCUAACCAGACCGCGUACCCGUGGCUGAUGGAUGAGUUCUCACAGGUGUGGGAAACGCCCUUCUCACCCACGGACCCCACCUUCCCCUGCACGCAGCAACGCCCACCCGGUCUGUCCGAAGCAGCUGCUAAGAACCGCAUGUACAUGGCCAACCACAAUCUGAACCUGCAGUUGAACUUAGGUUCUUUGAGCUUGUUGAUUCCGAAUACUGCUCAGCUUGAUGAGACGAAUGCUGUGAAUGGCAGUGGUAGUCUGGGCGCAAUGGCUGAGAAUUGUACCGCAAUGUGGGGCCGUCCUCCCAACAUGCUUCUGGUCGAUUACUAUAACUACGGUAACUUCAACGGCUCGGUCUUUGAGGUCGCUGCCGAGAUGAACAAUGUCACUUAUAAUGGUAAAUGCUGUGGCAAGACGUCUGGCGCAUUGCGCGGGGUUUCUCUCGCUGGUAUGUCGACGGUGCUUUUGGUGGCAGUGGGAGUGCAGAUGGUGAUGCCUGCGUUCUGA